AUGGCGUCGGAUAAAUCAGGAGCACUCGAUACUUCGUUGUCUUCGGAUAAUGAAGCUCUACCUGUAGUCAGGGAAAAGCACCCAGUAAAAUGGUAUCGUUCCACUCUCUACAAUUCUAUAAUUCUUGGAAUCUGCAACUUCCUGGCCCCGGGUAUCUGGGGUGCCAUGAACAGUCUCGGCGCCGGUGGCGAAGAAUCUCCUCACCUAGUCAAUGCUGCCAAUGCUCUCACUUUCUGCCUGAUGGUACUAUCCUGUUUCUUCUCCUCCGUUCUCGUUAAAUAUAUCGGUAUUAAGGCCGCACUCAUUUUCGGCACUAUUGGCUAUGCCCCUUAUGCCGCUGGUCUCUACUGCAAUAAUCGAUAUGGCAACGAAUGGCUUGUACUUCUCGGUGCCGCCCUCUGCGGUAUUUCGGCAGGUGUAUUCUGGAUGGCUGAAGCAGCCAUCGCGCUGAGUUAUCCGGAGCCAGAGAAUCAGGGAAGAUUCCUAGGGCUGUGGUUGAGUUUCCGUGUUGCCGGACAGGUACUUGGAGGCGUGAUUAACCUGGCUCUCAAUGCGGAUAAUUCUGGCAAAGGAAAGGUAUCCUACAAUGUGUAUCUUGUAUUCAUCGCCCUACAAGCCCUUGGACCCUUUGCAGCGCUUCUCCUCACACCACCCGAAAAGGUUCAGCGAACUGAUGGAGUGAUACCCAACCUUCGCAUUUCCGAAUCAAGCUGGAGAGAAAUAAAGCUUACAUCAAAAUUGUUCAUAAGUAAAUAUUUUUUGUUAUUGGUGCCAGUUAUUGCGCAAGGUGUGUAUAGUGAAGCGGUUAUGUUUACGUACGAAUCUGUUUGGCUUAGUGUUAGAGGAAGAGCAUUAGGCUCGUUUCUUUCAGGUAUUGUGGCAAUGAUUUCUGGCAAUUUAUUGGGUGCAUUCUUGGAUCGGGAGAAGUGGUCUUUGAAGAAGAGAGCGAGGUGGGCUUUUAUUGUUAUCUUGGGAUUACAGGGUGUAUGGUGGAUAUGGGGAACCGUCUUGGUCACAAACUACUGGGGACAGAAUCCGCUACCAGUAUAUGAUUGGACGGAUGGCGGAGCAUUUGUUAGAACCUUCCUAUUAUUUUUAGGAUGGGUCUCUGGCUUUCAGCUGAAUUAUCUAUUCUUAUACUUCCUCGUAGGAAACCUCGCCAAAACGCCUGAAGAAGUAGUAAGAAUAGCAGCACUACUUCGAGGAACCGAAUCAGCUGUUCAAGCUGUUAGUUACGGUUUGAAUAGUGUUACAGUAAUGGGUGAUAUUGGGGGCGUGUAUCUCAACUUUGGUCUUUGGGGAUUAGCGUUGAUCCCAGGAUGGUUACUGGUAAAAGAGAUUGGAGUAACUCUUGGGGAUAGUAAGAUUGCGAGGGAGAGGGAGGUGAUUGAGCGAUCCUGA